GCCGCGCGCGCACGCGUUCCACCGAGCAAGAAACUGGCAGUGGAGCCGAGCCGAGAGCUGCGGGACGUCGCGAUACCGAGUCAGCUCUCGUGCGUGUGCGUGCGAGUCGCAUUGGUCGUCGGGGUGCGAGGAGCUGGGCCACAAGUGGGCCCGUGAUACGGAAGAAUUGGUUCGAGGAAGGCGAUGCCCAAUUGAUGGGCACGAGUGCGUGAGACGAGCCGAAGACUGCGCCAAAGUGCCAUAAACGUUGCUUCUGCUGCUCCUGUCGCUGUCGCUGCCGCUGCCGCUGUCGCUGCCGCUGCUACUACGGACGAUUAGGGGCGGAGGAUUUAACGCGCCUAUCUCGUCUACCCUUACCUACUGCCUACUGUGCAUCGUGCCGAGCCACUGCGAGGACGGCAAAUUCGUACCCUUGGAGGAGCAUCCAAAUAGAAAACAUACUCAAAAUGCCUUCGUUGGUUAAGCGACAAGUGCCGGUGACGGCGAAAGUCGAGGAGACGCAGACAGUCUUAACAACUGUCAGUCAAAACCUGACAACGUUGAGACCUGUCACAAUGGCAGAAGAAACGGGGGGACCCAUAAUCAUGACGACGGAAGUGGAAAGCAUCACUACGACGACAACAAAAUCCGUGGAAGAAAAUAUCGAGAAGACCGUAGAGAAACUCGCUGCUGAAGCAGAUUUACCUACGUGGGGCCUUGUUGCCAUUUUAAUAGCGGUGGCUAUAGUAGUACUCGGAUUCUGUGGAUUUUGCAUAAGAAGAUUCUUCCGCAAAAGACGUUCAAAGGAUGGGAAGAAAGGCCUGAAGGGCGCAGUCGACCUUAAAUCGGUACAGCUCCUGAGUACAACGUACAAAGAUAAGGUGCAGCCCGACAUGGAAGAGCUGACCGACAACGUCGAGGAACCCGACGAAGGCGACAGCAAGCAAAAUGAGGUGAAGCUUGGAAGGCUCCAAUAUAAGCUGGAGUAUGACUUUAAUUCAAAUAGUUUAGCUGUGACUGUAAUAAAGGCCGAGGAGCUACCAGCCCUCGACAUGGGCGGUACAUCUGAUCCCUACGUUAAAGUUUACUUAUUACCCGAUAAAAAGAAGAAGUUUGAAACAAAAGUCCAUAGAAAGACGUUAAAUCCAGAAUUCAACGAGAUCUUCACAUUUAAAGGUGUACCAUAUGCUGAUGCAAUGAAUAAGACGUUAGUAUUCGCCAUCUUCGACUUCGACAGAUUCUCGAAGCAUGACCAAAUCGGAGAGGUGAAAGUGCCACUCUGUCAAAUUGACUUGGCACAAACGAUCGAGGAAUGGCGAGAGCUACAAAGCGUCGAGGGAGAAGGUGGCCAGGAUAAUAAGCUCGGAGAUAUAUGUUUCUCUCUGAGAUACGUACCGACUGCCGGAAAAUUGACGGUUGUUAUUCUGGAAGCGAAGAAUCUGAAAAAGAUGGACGUCGGAGGUUUAUCUGAUCCCUAUGUCAAGAUUGCUCUAAUGCAGAAUGGCAAACGACUGAAAAAGAAGAAAACGUCUAUCAAGAAGUGCACUCUUAAUCCUUACUACAACGAAUCAUUCACUUUUGAAGUACCUUUUGAACAAAUUCAGAAAGUGAAUCUGAUGGUGACCGUCGUGGAUUACGACCGUAUCGGCACAUCCGAGCCUAUUGGCAAAGUCAUACUCGGCUACAACGCGAGUGGCACGGAACUGAGACACUGGUCGGACAUGUUAGCAUCGCCGAGGCGUCCGAUCGCCCAAUGGCAUACGCUUAAGGAUCCAGAGGAUGGAGAUAAGAAAGACUAAGGAAAUCAUGAAGUACACUAAGGAUAUUUAACCCAUUUGAAAACAAAACUAUAUUAAUGAAGGAAUACCAAAAAUUGUAACGAAUGAAGAGAAUUAAUAAUUGAUAGAUAUAAAUGAAAAAAGUAUACCAUCAAGAAAGAGUUACAGCUUUAACAAUAUGUUCUCAUGGAGUGUAGUGUCUUGUAUAUACACAUACUAUGUCAGCUAUACUUAUUUAUGUAGAUGUAACAGUUAUGAGUUAUAUUGUGACUACUUAAAAGGAAGUAAGAGAAAAAUUAAAUAAUUAAAUAUGAUCAGUCCUUUUACCGAAGACACAAUAACAAAAUGCAUUGCAAUCCUA